AUGCCGCGCCUCACCAACUACACGGUAACAUCUCGGGACUCGGGAGGGCCAACGUCAAUGAUGUCGCCGUCGCUCAAGGCAGUAUAUCCAGCGUGUGAUGGACGUAUCACGGACGUGGCCCACGGCGAACCACCAAAGGAUGCUUUCCCGCGAGAAGCAGACUGUGAAGUGACCGCAGCUGCCGCCGUCGUCCCGCAGCUGGCCGCCAUUCACCGGGCCCAGCCUUCCCCUUCCUUCCCCCUUCUGUGGCUUUCACUCCCCGUCUCCUGUGGCUCGUGCCAGAAGAACAGCCCCCGCCCCACAACGCCCCCGCCUCAAAAAUUCGGCCCAUUGGUCGGCUGUUUUUUCUGGGUCUCAGAGGCCCCAGAGGCCCCGAAAACCCUACGCACAAUUUCGCAGCUCGCUCCCGGCCAAAAUUUGAGAUUCGGUCAAAGCCGUGGAACCUCGAAAAAAGUUCGACCUCAUCACCACCGCAUCGCCAAUCAGCCAGGUCGACAUCCCCAGCCCAUUUCCCCCACCCGAGGAAAUACCGUCAAGAUGCGUUACAUUCACAGCGAGGAGACCUUGGAGGUGCCUGAGGGCGUCUCCGUCCAGAUCAAGGCCCGCAAGGUCACCGUCACUGGUCCCCGAGGCAAGCUCACCAAGGACCUGAGCCACUUGGCCGUCAACUUCUCCCACCCCAAGAAGAACGUCAUUGGCAUUGAGAUCCACCACGGUGCCCGCAAGAACGUCGCUGCCCUCCGUACCGUCCGCACCCUCAUCAACAACCUGAUCGUCGGUGUCACCAAGGGCUUCAAGUACAAGAUGCGCUACGUCUACGCCCAUUUCCCCAUCAACGUCAACAUCGACAAGAACUCCGAGACCGACCAGUACGAGGUCGAGAUCCGUAACUUCAUUGGCGAGAAGCUGGUCCGCAGAGUCGUCAUGCGCCACGGCGUCGACGUCAAGGUCUCGUCCGCCCAGAAGGAUGAGCUGAUCCUCGAGGGUAACUCGCUGGAGGAUGUCUCGCAAAGUGCCGCCGAUAUCCAGCAGAUCUGCAAGGUGCGCAACAAGGAUAUCCGUAAGGUCAGUUAG